AUGGACUUUAAAAAACUUGCUGAUGAAGUCUCCCAAGAGGUUUUAGCAUUCAGCCGAGAUACAUCGGGCUGGAAAGUGACUAAAACUUCAAAAAAGAUAACAGUUUCCUGGAAGCCUUCUAGAAAUUACGAUGGACAUUUAUACCGGGCAGAAGGAAUAAUACCAGAGACUCCAGCUAAACUCAUUCAGUUUAUGUACCUUCCUGAACACAGAAGCAAGUGGGAUAGAUCAUUACAUACAUACAGAAUGUUACACAGGAUUGAUUCGGACACGUUUAUAUUGCACACCAUUACAAAUAGUUUUGCCAUGGGCUCAAUUGCCCCCAGAGACUUUGUUGACUUAGUACACAUCAAGUACUAUGAAGGGGAUAAAGUGAUUGUCAGUUCUGUUAGUGUGGAAUAUCCACAAUGUCCUCCAACUUCAAGUUAUAUCCGUGGUUAUAACAAUCCUUGUGGCUACGUAUGUUCACCACUGCCAGAGAACCCUGGCUACUCCAAACUGGUGAUGUAUGUACAACCAGAACUGAGAGGAAAUUUAUCCCGAGCUGUGGUUGAGGCAACAAUGCCUACCAACUUACUGAAUUUGAUUCAUGAUGCAAAAGAUGGAAUAAAGGCACAAAAGGCCCACUCAGCACAUUCAUCCCCAAAAGGCCAUUCAUCAUCACUACUUCAUAAGAAAUGAGGUGGUUCCAUGGCUCCUGAAUCAUGUACUUUCUUCAGUCCUCUUCUAGCAGUCAAUGUGGAAUGUAUACAUGCCAUUAUGCUAUGCUAGUCAGUAUUCUCAUACACAUCAGCAGAGGUUCUUAAGGAAACUAAGAACUCAGUUACAUAAGGAACAUUAAAUAUAGCUUUUAUCUCAUUAACAAUGAUGUUAACUAUCAAGUGUUACUAAGAGCACCAUUUGUACCUUGCUUUCUUCUGAGAAAUGCCACUGAAUAAAAUUAGAAUCGAGCAAACAGGUGCAACAGUGAGCACUCAACAUAAACUAAAGCUAAGAGAAUACUUUUUUCAUUUACUUCAUUGACUGUUCAAACUUGAUAAACUUGUGUAAUAUGAGCAUAAAUAAACAAUUCCACUUAAAUAUACACCAAAUAAAAUGUAGAAUUUAAAACUGGAUU